CUGUGAUCGCCCCUUCGCCGCCCAACCGUUGUGUCCGCGUUGCUCUUCUCCCUUCGAACUGCUCUUUCCGGGGCGUGUGCCAGAAGAUCCCGAACACCUGCGGUGCGAGACGCUUCCUUCGCAGCCGAUACCGUCAAGUCCGCUGUAUGAGAUCUGAACAGCUAUCUCGUGGGAUGAGAUCUAGCGUGUUGCCUGUCCAAUUUGCCAGGAAGCUAUGACCACCGCCCGUGGCGCGCACGUCCAUGUCCCUCAAAAAUAUAUGCUGCGUUUGUGCGCAACUCACUGACAUAAGACCUGUCUCUCUCUCGGCACACGAGCUACCAGCGAGUGUCGCCUCCUCACAAUCCCAACCGCGAUCCGAACACAUUACAGGCGAUAUGUGCGAGUACGAAUUCAUAGGUGAUUACUACCGGGGAUGCCAGGUAGGGAGCCGUACCAUAUCAUCUGUGGGUCACUCGUAUCUCUGACUUACUCGGCAAUUCACCAGCACUUUCACGGGCGGUAUCACUCGGGGGAGCGAUUCGACUGCAAUUCCCCACAUUGCAAGACAAGCUCAGCACAUGCACAUGCCAAGGGCUCGAACUGUGGUUGUUCAGCGGUUGAGACAGAUCGCAACCGCGUUCAGAACAUGUUCUACACCAAGCAUGAAGAUUGCCAAGGGCGGUGACUUCUCUGGCGUUCACCCUGACGGGCGGCCAUCCGCCCUAUGUCUUCGCGUUCGCUGUUGUGUUCGGUCAUCAUUGUGCUAAUAUUACUAUCUCCACUCUCGUGCUCGCCUUCAUGCUCGCCUG